ACAGGAGAAGGCCGAGGUUGGCCGGACUGAGUGGUCUCGGUGACUGGACUAGCUUUGGAGGGGAGGUACCUGGUCUGGUGGACAUGGCGCCAGGCCGGGAUCAGGGCGGAGGGGCGGGUGGCGGUGGGGGAGGCGGCAAGGGCACCACGUCGUUGUUCAUCCUGUCGGAGGAUAACUGUAUCAGGAAGCAUACCCGCUUCAUAAUCGAGUGGCCGCCCUUCGAGUACGCCGUCCUGCUCACCAUCAUCGCCAAUUGCGUGGUCCUCGCCCUCGAGGAGCACCUGCCGAAGCAGGACAAAACCAUACUCGCGCAGAAGCUCGAGGCCACGGAAAUCUACUUCCUCGGGAUCUUCUGCGUCGAGGCGAGCCUCAAGAUCCUCGCCCUUGGCUUCGUCCUCCACCGUGGCUCCUAUCUGCGCAACAUCUGGAACAUCAUGGAUUUCUUCGUCGUGGUGACCGGGUUCAUCACGGCGUUCUCGCAAGGCAUAGAACUGGAUAUGGAUCUGCGCACGUUGCGUGCGAUACGCGUGUUGCGACCGCUCAAACUUGUCUCCGGCAUACCGAGUCUCCAGGUGGUGCUCAAGUCUAUUAUCAAGGCAAUGGCGCCGCUUCUGCAGAUCGGCCUGCUGGUACUCUUCGCCAUCGUGAUAUUCGCCAUCAUCGGCCUCGAAUUUUAUUCGGGAACCCUGCAUAAAACGUGUUACAGCAUCAGGGAUAUCAAUCAAAUCGUGAAGGAGGGCGAACAGGCCAGCCCGUGUAACACGGACAACAAAUCCGAGGCGCCAUUCGGGGCCCACGUGUGCAACCCGGACGUCUCGACGUGCAUGGAUCACUGGGAGGGACCAAACUACGGCAUCACCAGCUUCGACAACAUCGGAUUCGCCAUGCUCACUGUCUUCCAGUGCAUCACUAUGGAGGGCUGGACUUCCAUAUUGUACUGGACAAACGGCGCUCUUGGCAGCACGUACAACUGGAUUUACUUUAUACCAUUGAUCGUCCUUGGCUCAUUCUUCAUGCUGAACUUAGUUCUCGGUGUCCUGAGCGGAGAGUUUGCGAAGGAGAGAGAGAAGGUGGAGAACCGGCAGUCCUUCCUGAAAUUGCGAAGACAGCGGCAGCUCGAGCAUGAACUGUACUGUUAUCUGAAUUGGAUCUGCAAAGCAGAGGAGGUAAUACUCGCGGAAGAAAGGACCACGGAAGAGGAGAAGAAGCACAUAUUGGAAGGAAGAAAACGAGCCGAGGCGAAGAAGAAAAAGCUCGGCAAGAGCAAAAGCACGGACACGGAGGAAGACGAAGGCGAUGACAACCAGGAGGACGGGUUCUCUGGGUCCUCCUCGACGAAGGAAAAGGGACCCUGCAAGCAGUUCUGGCUGGCCGAGAGAAGAUUCAGGUACUGGAUACGAAAGUCUGUAAAGUCGCAAAAAUUCUACUGGUUCGUCAUCGUUCUCGUGUUCUUCAACACCGUCUGCGUAGCCGUGGAGCAUUACGGUCAACCGCAAUGGCUCACCGACUUCCUCUACUUCGCGGAGUUCGUGUUCCUGGCUCUGUUCAUGUUGGAGAUGUUCAUAAAGGUGUACGCGCUCGGUCCUCGCACAUACUUCGAAUCGAGCUUCAAUCGUUUCGACUGCGUGGUCAUCUCGGGAUCGAUCUUCGAAGUGAUCUGGUCCGAGGUGAAGUCCGGCUCUUUCGGCCUCUCCGUCCUACGUGCCCUUAGACUCCUGCGAAUUUUUAAGGUCACCAAAUACUGGAAGAGCCUGAGAAACCUCGUAAUAUCGCUGCUCAGCUCGAUGCGUAGCAUCAUCUCCCUGCUCUUCCUGCUCUUCCUCUUCAUUCUCAUAUUCGCGCUGCUCGGUAUGCAGCUGUUUGGCGGCCAGUUCAACUUCGAUUACGACACACCGGCCACCAACUUCAACACCUUUCCCAUCGCGCUGCUCACUGUCUUCCAAAUCCUGACCGGAGAAGAUUGGAACGAAGUGAUGUACCAGGGUAUAGAAUCGCAAGGCGGUCACAAGAAGGGCAUGAUCUACUCGCUCUACUUCAUCGUGUUGGUGCUGUUCGGCAACUACACUCUGCUGAACGUGUUCUUGGCUAUCGCCGUCGACAAUCUGGCAAACGCACAGGAGCUGAGCGCCGCCGAGGACGAGGAGCAAGAAGAGGACAAGCAUAAGCAGGCACAGGAGCUCGAGAAAGAGAUCCAAUCCUUGCAGAAUCCUAAAGACGGUGGCGCGCCCAAGGUAGAAAUCCGCCCUCCGAGUCCGAACCAGAAUUUCAAAGACGGAAAAGGUGGAAAACAGUCAUCCGAAGAAGAGAAAAAGCAGGAUGAAGACGAUGACACGGGACCAAAACCAAUGCUGCCAUACUCCUCCAUGUUUAUACUGUCCCCUACGAAUCCCGUAAGAAGAGCCGCCCAUUGGGUCGUCAACCUGAGGUAUUUCGACUUCUUCAUAAUGGUGGUGAUAUCGCUGUCGAGUAUCGCGUUGGCUGCCGAAGAUCCCGUAUGGGAGGACUCGCCGAGGAACGAGGUUCUGAAUUACUUCGAUUACGCGUUCACCGGUGUCUUCACCGUCGAGAUGAUACUAAAGAUCAUCGAUCUCGGGAUCAUCCUACACCCGGGCUCGUAUCUGCGCGAGUUUUGGAAUAUUAUGGACGCGGUGGUGGUGAUAUGCGCCGCGGUGUCGUUCGCCUUCGACAUGACCGGUAGUUCGGCUGGACAAAAUCUCUCGACGAUCAAGUCGUUGAGAGUGCUGCGUGUACUCAGGCCGUUGAAGACGAUCAAGAGAGUGCCGAAGCUGAAGGCGGUCUUCGACUGCGUGGUGAACAGUCUUAAAAAUGUCAUUAACAUUCUCAUAGUGUAUAUAUUGUUCCAAUUCAUAUUCGCUGUGAUCGCGGUGCAGCUGUUCAACGGCAAGUUUUUCCACUGCAGCGACGAGAGCAAAUAUACGGAACAGGAUUGCCAGGGUCAAUAUUUCGUUUUCGAAGAGGGCGCCCUGUUGCCAGAGACAAAGAAACGGGAAUGGCAGUCGCAGUUUUUUCACUACGACAACGUGAUGGCCGCGAUGCUGACGUUGUUCGCGGUGCAAACUGGCGAGGGCUGGCCACAGAUCUUGCAGAACUCGAUGGCGGCCACGUACGAGGACAAGGGCCCCAUUCAGAAUUUUCGUAUAGAGAUGUCCAUUUUCUACAUCGUCUACUUCAUCGUAUUUCCAUUCUUCUUCGUCAACAUCUUCGUGGCCUUGAUUAUCAUCACUUUCCAGGAGCAGGGGGAGGCCGAAUUGCAAGAUGGCGAAAUCGACAAAAAUCAGAAAUCUUGCAUAGACUUCACGAUACAAGCUCGCCCGCUGGAGAGGUACAUGCCGAAAGAGCGAAACAGUAUAAAGUACAAAAUCUGGAGAAUAGUGGUAUCGACGCCGUUCGAAUAUUUUAUCAUGGGUCUCAUCGUAUUAAACACAGUACUGCUCAUGAUGAAGUUCCAUCGGCAAAGCGACGCGUACAAGAACACGCUGAAGUACAUGAACAUGUGCUUCACGGGGAUGUUCACCGUCGAGUGCAUACUGAAGAUCGCCGCAUUCGGCGUCAGGAAUUUCUUCAAGGACGCCUGGAACACGUUCGACUUCAUCACGGUGAUCGGCAGCAUCGUGGAUGCCCUCGUGAUCGAGUUCGGGGAGCGGUUUUCGAGUAUGCCCAGUGGCGGCCAACUAGGCGAAAAAAAGGAGAACUUUAUCAACGUCGGUUUCCUGAGGCUGUUCCGUGCCGCCAGGCUGAUCAAACUGCUCAGGCAGGGCUACACUAUACGAAUUUUGCUCUGGACCUUUGUACAAUCCUUCAAAGCUCUGCCUUACGUUUGUCUUCUCAUAGCGAUGUUGUUUUUCAUCUACGCGAUCAUCGGUAUGCAGGUAUUCGGUAACAUCGCGCUGGAUGCUGAUAGUUCUAUUACCAAGCACAACAAUUUCCAAAGCUUCAUUCAAGGUCUGAUGUUGCUUUUUCGGUGCGCGACCGGCGAGGCAUGGCCGAACAUCAUGCUGUCCUGCGUAAAGGGACGUCCGUGCGACGAGAAGGCCGGGAAACAAGAGUUUGGUGGCUGUGGCUCGAACAUCGCGUACGCCUACUUCGUCUCGUUCAUCUUCUUCUGUUCGUUCCUCAUGCUGAAUCUCUUCGUCGCCGUCAUCAUGGACAACUUCGAUUAUCUGACGAGAGACUCGUCCAUCCUGGGCGCCCACCACCUGGACGAGUUCGUCCGGAUCUGGGCCGAGUACGACCCUAACGCGACGGGCAAGAUCCACUACAGCGAGAUGUACGACAUGCUCAAGAACAUGGAUCCACCGUUGGGGUUUGGUAACAAGUGUCCGAACAGGCUAGCCUACAAGAAGCUUAUCAGGAUGAACAUGCCGGUGGACGUCGACUUGAAGGUGAACUUCACCACCACGCUGUUCGCCCUGAUUCGCGAGAACCUCAACAUCAAAGUGAGAAGAGCCGUCGAGAGGAACCAAGCGAACGAGGAACUGAGAGACACGAUCAGAAGUAUUUGGCCUCUGCAGGCAAAAAAGAUGUUGGACCUUUUGAUACCUAGGAACGAAGAAUUAGGCAGAGGUAAGAUGACCGUUGGUAAGAUAUACGUCUGCCUUCUGAUACUCGAAAGUUGGAGGACGACUAGGUUUGGUCAGAUAGAAUCAACCGGACAGAACGAUAACGAUCUUAUCGAUAACGAUAAUGCCGGGCAAAGUCCUGCAGCCCAGGCGCCACCGACCUUCUUCAACUACGUUCUGGACGUGACGGCGGUAAAUCAUGCCGGAAAUAAUCACGAGGCCGGAAGUAGGGCGAACAGCCUCGAACACGUGGUACGGCCGACGCCGGAAGCGAAGCUCGAUCAGCACAAGGAGCACAGGGAGGAAGACGACGAGCAUAGACGUCAACAUAGCAUCAGAAAUAAAAAGGUGAACUGGAAGAUGUCCCACCAGUACGAUAUACUAGGCAGCAGCGGAGAGAGUAGCCAGGGAGGGGGUGGGUCUGGGGUUGUACCCGUAGUUAAUGAUGAGGAUCGCGCCCCCGAGCUAGAGCCAUUGCUGGCUGAGGUGCCCUCCCAGCAGGAUCAAAACUACUACUACCACCAUCACCAUCACGACCAAUACUACGAUACCGACAAUGAUCUAUACUAUGACCAUCACCACCACCACCACCACCAUCACCAUCACCAUCAUCAUCAUGCUCACCGACCACCCUCGUACUAUCAACACCAGAAUACCUACGCACCUCGCUCCUCGAUCCGUUACCACAAGAUGGAGCUUCAGGACGUGGUAGUUAGCGACUCGCGUGCCGGUAGUCUCGAGAGUCUCACCCACGCCGGCAAGAGACUUCAUCCACCAGUGCAACCGGUUAGACACCCAUCGCGUUCACCGAGUUUAAGGAGACACUCACCGGGCCGACCUGCCUACGAUCAUCACGGUCAUUAUUACCACGAAGGACCAGGAUUUAGCGACACGGUUAGCAACGUCGUCGAGAUUCAGAGACACACGCAUCAUCCCCAUCCGUCACAGUACAAUCAUCGGCACAGGAAACGAGACUAUUACGACCACUGCGACUAUUACGACGAUGGUCCGUGGAGCGCUUCGACCAGUCCGGCGAGGACACCGAGUCCCAUUCAUCACAUCGAUCAAGGACGCCAUUACGGGACGACCAGCUUGGAGCAACGAUCGAGGAGUCCCAGCCCGAUCGGUGGUCGGCAGCCUGCUCAUUCGCACCAGCAUUAUCAUCGACAUCAUCCCCAUCAGCACAGUUACCCGGUGUUGGUGACCAGACGGGGUCGCCGGCUGCCGCCAACGCCGAACAAACCUUCGACACUGCAGCUCAAACCGGCGAACAUCAAUUUCCCAAAGUUGAACGCUUCGCCGACACACGGGUCGCACGUUCACGUGCCGAUCCCUCCUGGCAUGCAGCAUCCGCCGCCAGCGCAGCAUCUGCCACCGAUGCAACCGAGCCACGGGCCCCUGAGCUUCGAGCAGGCAGUGGCGAUGGGUCGCGGCGGUCGUCUCUUGCCCAGUCCUGUACCCAAUGGCUACAAGCCGCAGCCGCAAGCUAAGCAGAGGACACCCAGGUCCAGACACUCUGACAGCGACGAAGACGACUGGUGCUAGCCAAAGUGGGACCCUGGACGGUGGUCCGGUGACGUGGACGCCCCCAGGCGUCUUAGGGUUUGCGCGUGAAUCUUCCACAUUGGGAAGCGCAUCAAUCUAACCGCGAACGCGGCAGCGGUGAAAACCGAUCGACUGGCUUGCAAUUUGGGAAUCACGACGGAUUGUCGAUUGUCCGUGUUCCGCGAGACGUCGCGAUCACGAUGCCAACGUGCGGACAGCUGACGACGGGCCUCGAAGGACGAGGACUCGGUGAGACCGGUACGCCUCGGAACGAGCGGGCAGUCGUGAUCAGCUGGACGGGGAAAAGGGUCAGGCUCGAUCGGGACGGAUCGGGCCACGUGUCACGAACAACGUACGGAAACACGGGGACAGGCAAAGGAUUCCAAAGAAAUGACGCGACUGGAACGAGAGCAACAUCGGAUGAUCGUUACAGGGACAACAAAGCAACGUACGUACUAACGGAGAAAUCGUCGCGGUGGUCACCAUCGAAGAGAGAGACUGUGUGUGCCACGAAAAACGACGAUCGUCGAUUUGAACGCGCAAAACGAGCAAAACGAGAAAAUGAAAAAAAAAAGAAAGAAGAAGAAAGAAACAAAAGGAUAACGAAAAGGGAGAAAGGAAGGAGGAUGAUACAGGAGAAAAGAAUACCUCGAUCACUGCGAAUUCGCGCGGUGAUCCUCUCGCGAAAAGUCCAAGUGUCGAAGGUUCAUAUACGUCGGUAUAUGCCAGACGCGCUUCGGAACUUUCUCAUAUUUUCUUUCGUCUCAAAACUUCGAAGCUUCCUUCGCUGUGCUUUUUAAUCGACGGACCGAGCCGAGGAGGAUCCACUUUUUAUACGAUGAUUAUACCACACACGGGGGAAAACGCUCUGAAACGGUACGAGCGUUCGCUUCGGAUCCCUCUCCGCACGAAUCUACCAAGUUUUUCACGACCGUAUUUGAACAGUUGCGCUUACGCGACGCCCUCUCACAGGAACUGGUCGGCGACGCGAACGCGCCACCAUCCACGUUUGCCAACGAAACGUCUCUCUUCUUGAUUUCUUUGUCAGCCGCGGCAGCAGCUCGAGCGAGUCGUCAGGGAGGUUCUCGAUGCGAACGG